CUUCAGCAUGUCAGGAAGAGGAAAGGGUAGUCUGGAUUGAGACUGCCUUCCUACUUUAGGCAUCUGAUUUGGGCACUGCAAUCCUGAUUCAGACCUUUGGAAGACACACCUCAUGUAUAAUGUUUCCCAAUAGGUAGGCAUGAUGCAGCUGUCUCUUCACCUGAAACUCCUAAGACAGGAAAAGUGGGAAAGCACUGGUAGUCUUGUGAGUGAUUUUUGUAAAAAGGGGCAUGGGGUCCCACUGUACCAUGGGAGGGGUGCUGUUUUUCAUACACAGAAUUCUUUUCUGGUCUUGCAAAGGCCAGUGACCAGAUCCUGAACAGAUCAACUGGAACAAGAUCAGAAUACUGCUUUGGACUAGUUUUCUUUGGGUUUUUUUCCCGUCUUCUUUCCUUUCUUCCAGAAAAGAGAAUAAAAUUCCCAUACUAACUGGGAGGUUGGCUAACCAAGUUCGAAGCAGGUUCUUUGGGCUUUGUUACUCUGAUAUAUUUUUUGCUCAGAAGAAACUAAAACCCAAAGACCUCUUGGAAGUACUCCAUGUGUUUGAUUCUGCAUUUAAGUGGAAAAAUGGAACCUUACAAAUAAUCUUGCCUUUCUGGAAAUGAAGUUCAGGCUCUGAAGAAGAUUAGUAAAAGACUCAUUCAGCACUAGUCAUACUCAUUUGGGUAACAGGCAAGUUCCUGCCUGUACUCACUUCUUGUAUUCAUAAUGAAUGUGUAUUAGGGACUUCCUAAGCAGGAAUUCCAGCAGAACAGUAAAUGAAGUAUUGUCUUCUGCUUUAAAAAUUUUCCUGUUUUUUUAGCAUUGUUUAUAUACCAUCAUCAGUAUGCUGAUGCAUUAACUGGAUACCAAUGCUUGGCUAUUUUAUUAUCCAUUGCUGUAGUUAUCUGUUUAGACUCCUGAUCCUAAAAGGAUUAAGCUAAAUUUUAGAUGAUUUUGCUGUUGAAGCACAGUGGUUUUGAAUUGUCGUGUUUGUUUGUUUUUAUGACCUCUUUAAAGGUUUUCCAGUAAAGAUGAGGGCUUAUUUGGACUAAAUUUAUGCCUGGUUGUUCAAAAUAGCUUGCUAGUGUUUUUUAAUGUUGAUUUUUCAGAGAUCUCUUAAAAAACACAAGUCCACAAAGCAAUUCUGCAGGAUGCAGGGUGCUUCAGUUACACUUCAUGUUAAACAUGACGCAGAUCAUUCAGAUCAUUCAGCAUUUUGCUAAAAUGAAGCAAAUGGAAUGGAAAAUGCUUUGGUAUUAAAAGCAGUGUGUCUUUCAACAAAUGUUUAAUCCUAAACAGAUCAUUCAAAUGGAGUGUAAUAAAGACUACUGCAGCUGAUGAAAGGAUUUUGUUCAAUUCAGUGGCUUCUCAAACAGGCAGAGAUAAUAUACUUGCCCUUGCUAACAGUGUUCACUUAGCUGUGUUUCCUUUCCUAGACUGGAAGUUAGAUUUCCUUCUCUAUUGUUUAUAUAGAAAAACUCUAUUCAAGGAGAUCACGUGGGAACCACUGUUUUUAGAAGAAAGAGCUGCAUUUGGAUAAAAGAUACUUCCCAAGUUCAUGUUCAGCCACUUAGCAGUAGCCAAAAUAAGCAUCCUUACUAUGUUUCUGAGCAGAAGCUCGACACUAGGCUGCAUGUGUCCCCUGCACAGACCCUGUGCUGCAAGGAGGGACUGUACAAGAGCCUGCAUCAAUAAACAGCAAGCAGCCAGCUCCUGUGCCAGCUCAUACCUGUGUGUGCAUAUAUUCCCACUAGUGAGCAUGUGUAUGAAGCCACCCAAAUGUAUACACCUAAUGUUAGAAAUGUCUAUCUUUUCUUUUUUCCUAAGCUUCAUUCCCAGCUUAUUCCAAAUCCUGUCCCCAGACUUAAGACACUUUGUUCUUACCUUGCCUGCUUUGAAGGCUUUGGACCUGAAUUGAAGGCUCCCAACACCUUCAGCUGUCUGCAGACCAAACUUCAAUUGGUACAUCUUUAUGUAGGAGGCAUUUUGAAAGAACUAUAACUGUUGAUUUCCAAGGCUGUUUCAUAAGGAUCAAGACUCAACAAGAAGUAAGCAGAGGCACAAGAACAAAUUGAUCAGAGGCACAGUCACCCAAGUAUCAGGGAUGAGGAUGGAAUUUUGGGAUCUCGCUUUUUACUUGCACUACAGCAUAAUUUGCUUUUGUCUCUUGCUUGCCCUUCUCCUUAUUUCUUCACCUUUAGAAUUAAAAUGGCCAAGGUAAUUUAUGCUCCAAAUUUAUUUUCUUGUUCUGAAACUGGCAGUGAAUGCUGUAGGUUUUUCUUAAGGGAAAACUUUCUCUAAACCUUUCUCUAAAGGUGCCACGCACAGAGAGCUUCUCUCCAGGAGUAUGGGGCAGGGAUAAAAAAACUCUAUUAGUGACCUUUUUGCUAUGUAACCUUUCCAUAAAAUGCCAGCAACUGAGCUUCCAGAGAGAGAACAACAAAUAUUGAAAGAGGAAUGUGAAGGACAUUAUGAAACAAGAAAGUAAGAAAAGGGAUCUGCUCAAACAAGUUUCUCAGGAAAGGUGAUGUAAUAUGUACUGUAGAAAAUCCUAGCAGUUGACAUAACAAAGUUGCUUUCUAAAUAGCUGUGGAUGCCAGCAAGCUGGGAGAAACAGAGUGUACAGCUGGGAAUACAGCUGAGCAGACUGUUUUGUCCAAAAGAAAUAUAGUAGGUGUAAAACUUCUAUUCAGAAGAUGUCAUUGAAGUUUAAUUGAAAAGUGUCCUUUUAAUUAAGGCUGAGUGACCACUGAAUGAAAGCCUCAUUUCUGUUGAGGCUGUUCUUGGUGAUGCUCUAAGAUUAACCCAUGCAGGCUGGCAGUACUCAAGAGGCUGCUGUUGGGAUGCCACGGUACACAGUUCUGUAGCAAGUGCUCAGUCCCAUUCAUAGACUUUUGCCAAUGUUUAUCAGUCUUUUAACUGCUGUCUUGAGAAUUACCCAACUUUUUAUUGACUGACUUGCUCAUAUUUCAGCCUGGUCUCCUGCAUAAAUGACUGUUCCCAACACAGGUGUUCUGCAUGUAUCCACAUCUGUGUACAUAAAAUUUGGGGACCUCCCUUUCUUUUACAGCAGACCUGACAGAGACACACAGAGUGUUUGAGGUGCAGUCUGGAUAAGAGCUGUCAGGAGGGAUUUCUAGCCAGUUUGAGGCUGAGUGAUAGCAAUCUCGAACCACAGUUUUAGAGGAGUGGCACCAAAAGGCCUGUUGUUCACACUGAGUGCUUUACAGGACAAGUAGCAUUCCCUGCUUCUUCAGCUGCCUGAAAAUCAAGCCAUAGAUACUGACCUUCAAUACAAAUAAGGGAGGAAAAAUGCCAGCUUCUCUGAGAAAACUGCAGCAAAUGGCUGUUUUCAUGGGACUGUUCAGCGGCGGGGGAUGCAUCGUGAUGUAUAAUCUUAUGCAAAAAAGUUUUGCCAGGACCCAGUAUUACCAGCAAGCUUUGGAGCAGCUGAACAGUAAUCCUGAUGCCCUGGCAGCCCUGGGUGCCCCCCCUCUUAAGGUUCACAACAUCCACCUGACAGAUGGGAGCAAUCGCGUGGACACAGAAAGAGCGCGGAUAAAGUUACCGGUCUCUGGAACAAAAUCGGCCGGCUACCUCUACAUUAACUCGGAGAUGGACCACUCCCGUCAGUGCUGGUGCCUUCAGGAUGUCACCUUGAAACUGCGGGAUGGUCAGACUAUUCCCGUUUACCACUCUCCAGUGGAAAGCACUGGUGUGCAAGAAGGCUAAAAAUCAGGGACAGCUGCAUCUCCGCCUCCCAUUGAGCCAAAGGAGCCAUUAAUCGAUUGCAUCCUGCUGCGUCUGUGAAUGUACACAGUUGUCACAAGUGACAGUUUCACUUAAGCAGGUGCUUUCAAGACAAUUUUCUCUCCAAGAUUUACCUCAUUAUUGUUGUAAUUGUAAUUUCUUUCUUUUGCUGGUUUAUUCAUGUGUUUAACAGAAGCCUAAAGUAAAUAUCUUGCAAAAGAGUUGCUGUUGCAGAGAAGUCAUG